UUUAACUUGUUUUUGUCUAUAACAAUUUGAUUUACUUAGUAUUAUUCGUUAAUAUUCAGGAACAUCUUCGGCUAUGUACCAUGGAUUCAGAUAUUGGGAAGAGCUUAGAUAGGAUCAGCAAGUUACCAGAUUCCGUAUUGUGUCACAUACUUUCAUUCCUUCCGACAAAAAAGGAAAAAGGGACCAUUUUUAUAAAUUUCCCGACAAAAAAUGCAGUGGGAACCAGCAUUCUUUCAACAAGGUGGCGGUACCUUUGGACUUUUGUGACCGGCAUCGACUUUGACGAUUCUGUGCUCUUCCGUGACCGCAAUGAAUUUGACGGCCGCAAUGACAUGGUCAAUUUUAGCUUUAUGAAUUUCGUGAACAGAGUGUUGCUUCUCAGUGACGUGCGGUGUUUGGAGCGAUUCCGACUUAGGCUAAAGUUCUUCUGUAAUUCUGAUGUCGUUAGUGCAUGGAUCUGUGCCAUAAUUAAGCGGAAUGUACCAGUGGUGGACCUCAACUGCGACUUACAUUUAUCUUUUUGAGUUUC